GUGCUCGCCGGAGUCUCGUUGGGCAUAUUGGGCGCCGUGUGCACCGUCUGCAUGCGUCGCCUGGUCGACUGCGCGGAAGCCCUCGUGGACGGACGCGCGCAGGCCUUCGCCAGGUCACGCGAGGCCGCGCCGCUGGCGGUCCCGCGCAGCGGCCGGGUGCCAUCCUACGGGGACGUUGGGGAGGCGGCCGCCGGGCCGUGGGGCCGCGCGCUGGUGGACUCGGCGCUCGCCUCGUCCCAGCUGGGCUUCUGCGCAACGUACUUCGUCUUCGUGGCGGUGAACAUGCAGGAAGCCGUGGAGACGCUCGGCAGCUGCCGCAUAUCGGUCGCCCGGACAACGAUCUUCGCGCUGCUGCUGCUGGCGUGGGUGCCGCUCUCGUGGGUCCGCCGGCUGAAAUACUUCGCCCUCGUGAGCAUCGCCGCGGACGCCCAGCGGACCAUUGAGAAGUUGGACGUUUGGGUCUCCAGCACGUGUUCACGAAUACCACGGAAUUCAGAAUGA